GGCGGGCCGCUGCCAUCGCGUGCGGGAGGUGGCGGGCGCGGAGGGCCCCAGCUCUGCUCCCCUCACAACAGCACCCCCUAGCGGCGGCGCAUGCGCGGCGGCGGCGGGGCACAGCGCGCAUGCGCGGGGCGGUCCGCCAUGGCGGCCGAACCCGAGGCCUUCCUGGUCCCUCCGCCUCCUCCAUCAUCAUCCUCCUCUUCCUCCGUUACCGGCUCCCGGGAGGAGGAUGAAGAAGCUUCACCCGCCGUCGAAGCUCCGCGACCGCGUAACGGCUUUAGGUCGGCGGGCGGAGGAGGUGGGAAACGUCGUAGUAGCUGCGGGGCAAAGCAACCGGCCUGGAAACGGCGUCGCCGGGCGGCCUCGGAGUGCGGCCCGGUGCUUCCCUCCGAGUUCCUGCUCGGGGGAAACAUCUUCGAUCCCUUAAACCUCAAUAGUUUGUUGGACGAGGAGGUGAGCCGGGCGCUCAACGCCCGUACCCCGCAAUCCUCCCCGCUCCCCGCCCGCGGCCGCGAUCCCGUCGAGAUCCUGGUCCCUCGCGAUAUCACCGACCCCCUCAGCCUCAACGCUCCCGGCGAGGGGCUGCGUUUGGCUUCUCCCGCCAAAAGCACGCGGCGACGCCACCGUCACCGCGGCCAGCAGCGAGCCGCCGCCGCCGCCACCGCCACCGAGGAAGCCGCCUGCCCUCACGCCCUCCCCGCCGCCGCUGCCGCCACCCCGCCGCCGUGUGCCGCCGCCUGCCCCGCCGCCGGCCGCCAUCGAAAACGUCGACGGACUUGCAGUAAAUCUGAAGGAACCCGCCCUCCGCCGGAAAAACCCAAACCGCCCGGAAAAACCCCCCAGCAACGCCAACGUCGCCAAGUUCGGAAAUUCCAAUACGGCAAUUAUUGCAAAUAUUACGGUUAUCGGAACCCCGACUGCGAGGACGGGCGGCUCCGCACCAUGCGCCCCGAGUGGUUCGCGGGGAAGGAGGUGUUGGACGUGGGGUGCAACGUGGGUCACCUCACCCUCAGCAUCGCCAAACGGUGGCGACCCGCCCGGGUGGUUGGGUUGGACAUUGACGGGGGGUUGAUCCGUUCGGCGCGGCAAAAUAUCCGGCAUUAUCUGUCGGAGGAGAUUCAAGCGGAAGCGGCCGGAGCGGGAGGGGGGAACGGCGGAGGUGGGGGGCGGAAAGGUUUUCCCGCCGCUCUCUUGGCAAGUCGGGGUCCCAUCGCCGCACCCCGCCUGCCCCCCGACGGGCCCGGCGCCGCCGACUUCCCUCACAACGUGGUUUUUGUCACGGUGAGUGGGGGGGACGGGUGGCUUUUUGGGGGCGUAACG